AUGAUAUUCUAUUUAUCAUUUCUAUGUUUCAUUACUUUAUUAGAUUUGACAUAUUCUGAAUAUGUUUGUCAAAUUAUGCCAAAUAUUACAAUGAAUUUCGGGAUCUUGGGUGAACCAAUUGAUAAACGUCAAUAUGGGGGCAAUCAAUUGAGAUUUAUUGUUAUAUAUAGGCCAACUAUGGAAAGGCAUCCUCUGUUUCAACAAUUCAAGACUCAGAUAGUAGAGAAAGCCCUUAGUUUUUGGCAAAAUACAUUAAGCGUUAGAAAACCACCAAAUAGGAAAUUACUCAUUGAAAGAGGAUGCGCUGAACCAGUCUUUUACACAGAUGGUAGAACAGGUAAAAAGUUCUGUAAAUCACAAUGUAAAAAACAAGCUCUAUGCUAUGAUCAUCCAGUUCCAGAUCAAUACUCUUCCGGAUGUGCUGUGGGAAGUGGAGGUAACGAUAUAAGAGAUGUUUAUCAAGAUGGUCCAGGAUUCGCACCAAAUGAAUAUGUUCUUUUUGUUGAAAGUGAAAAUAAACAAGGUUGUCUAUCUGGGUCAACAUUAGCUUAUGCUGGUCCUUGUGAAAUGCAUCCUACAACUGAUAGACCGAUUAUGGGUUCAAUCAAUUUCUGUCCUCAAAAAAUGGAAAUUCAAGAACCAGGAAAAACAAUGUUAGUUGGCACAGCUAUACAUGAAUUAGGUCAUGCGUUGGGAUUUGUAAAAUCAAAUUUCGCAUUGAUGCGUGAUCUAGAUGGUAAACCAAGAACACCAAGAGAUCCUAGAUCAGGGAGGCCACCUUUAAAUAAUCAAAGACAAUAUGAUGCAAGUGAAAAUACAAUCAGAACAAUCAAUCGUCCAUGGGUUACAGCUGCCGGGCAAUUUUCAAAACCUUUCUUAUCUUUUGUUACACCAGCUAUACUGGCGGAAGCACGCAAACACUUUAAUUGUCCUAAUUUGGAUGGAGUUGACAUAGAGAACGAAGGUGGACAAGGAACAGUUGGUACACACUUCGAAAAGAGAGUAGUUGGUGAUGAAACAAUGGCAGGUGUUACUGGAGUGAAAACUGUAAUGUCAAGGCUUACAUUGGCAUUCUUCACAGACUCUGGCUGGUGGGAUGUUGACUAUUCAUUGGCUGAAGCAUGGUAUUAUGGAAAGAAUUUAGGUUGUAGCUUUGUUAUGGAAAGCUGUUAUGCAUACAUGAUGCGAAUGAAACAAGCAGGAAAAAGUACGGAACCCUACUGUGAUGAACCAGAUACUUUAAAAUGUUAUCAUCAAAAAGCAUUUGGUAUUUGUUCUGUUGGACGGUUUACUCAAAGUUUACCACCUAAUGAACAAUAUUUCAAAGAUCCUUCUCAAGGAGGGUCUAGUGUAUUAACAGACAGAUGUCCUAUGAUUCAGCCUAUGCGAUCCUUUUUCAAUGAACCAAUUGUAACAUACUGUGAUCAUCAACUUAAUAUUCCUGUCGCUCAAAAAGGAAAUAUGUUUGCUCAAUAUUUUGGAAAUAAUUCAUUAUGUAUUAUGCAUAAAGGUGCAUGGAGAGCUGAAAUGAAUGGAAGAGCAACAAAUGAUCCUCGAGUUAAAGCCACUUGCCAUCAGUAUUCAUGCUCUGGUGGUCUACAAGUGAUUAUUAAUGGUAAACCAUUCCCAUGUAAUUCAGGGGUAGCUACAGUUCAAACUAAUCAAAUUCAAGGCCAAAUUGUCUGCCCUGAUCCUAAUACUGUUUGUAGGAAUAGGCGUAGAUCAAUCAAGCAAUGA